AAAAGGAGUCACAGGUCGGCCAUGAGGAAUCACACGCAAGUGACUGAAUUCAUCCUCCUAGGGCUCACGGACGACCCGGACUUGCAAGUGGUGAUUUUUCUCUACAUGUCUGCCUCCUACAUACUGAGUGUCACCGGCAACCUGACCAUCGUCAUCCUCACCCUGCUGGACUCCUGCCUCCACACCCCCAUGUACUUCUUCCUGCGCUGCUUCUCCUUCCUGGAGAUCUGCGUCACCUCCGCCUGCAUUCCCAGAUUCCUGGCUGCAUUUGUCACCGGGGAUAGGACGAUUUCCUACAACUGCUGUGUAACUCAGCUAUUUUUCGUCAUUCUAUUGGUUGUGACCGAGUUCUUCGUCUUGGCUGCCAUGUCCUACGACCGCUAUGUCGCCAUCUGCCGGCCGCUGCACUACACGACCGUCAUGAGCCAGAGAGUCUGCACCCUACUUGUCCUCUGCUCCUGGCUAACUGGGUUCCUGUUCAUCUUUCCUCCUCUUAUCCUUGGCCUCCAACUGGACUUCUGUGGCCCGAAAGCCAUUGACCAUUUCUUCUGUGACAUCUCCCCUCUGCUCCUGCUCUCCUGCUCGGACACCGGGUUCCUGGAGCUGAUGGCUUUCAUCUUGUCCAUGGGGACACAACUGGUCACCUUGGUGUUAGUGGCCAUCACCCGCGCCAUCCUGAGACUUCCUUCCGCUCAGCAGAGGAAAAAGGCCUUUUCCACCUGCUCCUCCCACAUGGUCGUGGUCUCCAUCACAUACGGGAGCUGCAUCUUUAUGUACAUCAAACCGUCUGCCAAGGACAGGGUGGACUUAAACAAGGGGGUGGCCGUGCUCUACACUUCCGUGGUCCCUGUGAUGAACCCCUUCAUCUACACCCUACGGAACCAACAGGUCAAGCAGGCCAUCAGGGACCUGGUGCACCGAGUUAAAUCUUCCUCCAAGGGGAAAUGUUACCAAGUGGAGAGACUGAUCCCAGCUAACCUGAGGCGCCUGGGUAAGGGAAUGCGGUCAGCAAGUUUCGGGAUGUCCUACAGGAGUCACAGGUCGGCCAGGAGGAAUCACACGCAAGUGACUGAGUUCACCCUUCUGGGGCUCAUGGAUGACCCGGACUUGCAGACGGUGAUUCUCCUCUACAUGCCCGUCACCUACGUACUGAGUGCACCGGAUUGGAUUUUCCUCCAGGAGGCCUUGCUGCUUCUCGAAGGCAAACCCCCUGGAGUGAUCAAAAUCACUCAGGAAGAGUUCGUGAUUCCACUGUUGUCUGCAAACAUCACUGGGGACAGGACAAUUUCUUUCAACACCUGUGUAACACAGCUGUUCUUCUUUAUCCUGCUGGAGGAGACCGAUUUCUUCCUCCUGGCCGCCAGUGAGAGCAGUGAUCUCAGCCCCGCUCUCACACCUGAGUGUGACAGUGAAGCAAGAAACCUCCCUUGA